AUGGCCCUUCCAAUCGGCAGUCCGUCGCCCAGGGUUGGCCGAUUUCAACAAGCAAUGGAAUCGGUGUACGGCGACUUCAGCGAGAUUAGAAACCCCGAGGAAUGGUCUCCGCCCCCAGGAUCAGGGGGUCAUCGUGGAAGAUAUCUCUGGACAGACGCAUUCGGAGUCGUCAACCUGCUAACCAUGCACCGAGAGUACAAUCGAGCAGGAUAUCCCCGUACUCAAGAUAAUCGAUAUUUGACACUAGCGAGGCGGCUUAUCGAAACGGUCCACAAGGUUCUGGGACGAACCCGCGAUGGCCGCUCUCCUUUGCCAGGAGCCACAGAGCAAAAUCCUCUGGGGGGCGGACUACGCAUUGGAAAGACCGAGGAGAAUGGUCCUGAUGGCGAUGGACAAUACCACCACUAUCUCACUAUGUGGAUGUUCGCACUGAACCGGAUGGCGCUUGCGUCGGGUGAUAUGCAUUACAACCGCCAAGCCAUACAGCUAGCUCGAGCUAUUCAUCCCAAAUUCUUCAUCGAUCGCAAGGCGGCGCGUCCGCGUAUGAUCUGGAAGAUGUCAGUGGAUUUGUCAAGGCCAUUGGUCAGCUCGGAAGGUAACCUUGAUCCGAUCGACGGGUUUGUCAUCUUUCGCUUGCUUCAGGCAACGGCGACAGCGGCAGGCGAGAGCGACACUCUGGAGGAGGAAAUUGCGGACUAUAGACGCGUGAUGGACCGCAAAGGAGAGCAUUUCGUAUCCGAUGAUCCUCUGGACCUGGGUAUGACUCUAUGGACGGCCCACUGGUUUUCAGAAACCGAAAACUGGGCCUCCAGCCUCGUCAACAGAUGUUUUGAACAAUUGUAUGAUCUUGUCGAGAUCAAAAGAUAUCUCGAACGCAGCAUUCGUUUCCGCUUAGCGUUCCGAGAAUUUGGAACCUGUUUGGGGCUUCAAUGUGAAUCUGAACAAACAGGUAACAAAGAACGAUCCGGUGAUUUCAAAAGUUGGGCCGAUGCGAUCAUUGUCGCGUGGGAUCCUUAUAUGGAAUUGUCAGCGACUGCGGCGCUGACGCCAGCAGACCUGCGGCCCAUUACUCGGGUUAUGUACGCCUCGGCUCUGUUGCCUGGUGCUUUUCGUGCUGGGUAUUUUGGCCCAGAGUCUAAGCCAAAAGAAGUUUUUUGA